AUGAAGCUGAGCAGCACCAUUCUCACCACCGCCAUGUUGGCGGGUCGUCUGGAGGCUCGCGGUGUCCUGUCGCGCCAGUCGCUCCCAGCCGACAAGCUGCAAAAAGCUGGCGAAGAGAACGGCGUGCUCCUGAAGGAGGGCUCCGAUUCUCCCAGUGUCCAGUACAGCAAGAACUGGGCCGGCGUGGUGCGAGAGCACCCUCCUCCCAGUGGCACAUACACGGCAGUCUCGGCCACCUUCACAGUCCCGGAGCCUACUGCCACGGAUGACUCGGGCGAUCUGCAAGCCGCAUCCGCCUGGGUUGGCAUCGACGGAGACACCUACACUCAGGCCAUUCUGCAGACGGGUAUCGACUGUUACGUCCAGAACGGCACCAAGGCCUACGACGCCUGGUACGAGUGGUACCCUGAGACCGCGGAGAAUUUUGUCCUGGAGCUGUCUGCGGGCGAUGUCAUUGUCGCCAAGGUCGAGUCUUCCUCACCUGACAAGGGUGUUGCCAUCAUCGAGAACAAGUCCUCGGGCAAGACUGCCACCAAGACCCUGUCGGCUCCCUCCACCAACGCCACUCUGGGCGGGCAGAAUGUCGAGUGGAUUGUCGAGGAUUUCAACGCCGGUGACUCCAUGGUCCCUCUGGUCAACUUUGGCAAGGUUACUUUCACUGGGGCCGAGGCCAAGUCCGAAGACUCAGAGUUUGGUGUCAACAAUGCCCAAACCCUGGAUAUUCAGCAGGAUGGUGAGGUGAAAGCCGAUGUCAAAAUCAUCAGCGAUUCGGAAUUCUCCGUUACCUACCAGUAA